AUGGUCAGCAGGCGUGGCGGCCGGCAGCUAGGAGGCUUUGCUGCGGCCACACUAGCAUGGAUCUUUUGCAGCGUUUCCAUGAACCUCCCUCAAUGGCGAGUGUGGUGUUUCGAAGACCCUGCGGAUUCCGAACCCAGCUUGACCUUAGUAGGAAUGUGGAGAACCUGCGUGUACUACAAGGAAAACAAUUCUAACAUUUUAAGAGCGUGUUACCAAUAUACCUACCAGGACACCUUUGUUCCUUUGGAUAUUCGUGUUGCUCAACACCUACUACUGAUCUCCAGCUGUCUCGGCAUGAUUUCCUCGGUUUCUGUCGUUGUUAUUCUUUGGAAAAUUUACUCAGGAAGACUCCAGAAAGUCUCCUACAAUCCAUUCUUCGUCCCGGGGAUUCUGAAUAUCAUUGCUAGCGUCUUAGUCUUCAUUUCCACCCUGUAUAAUUAUUUAUCCAUCAUUCGCAAAGAUGAGAUUGAUUUCCCCCCAUCUUACGGCAUACCCUCCAUCCCAGAUACCCAGAAAGUUGGCACUGCCCUGGCAAUGGCAACUCUUUCUUCAUUCUUAUUUUUAGUGGGUGGCACAAUCUCCAUUUCUUUCACUUUUCCCAUUCGUUCCCGAAUACAUUCUUCUAUUUGA